AUGGCUGUUGAAGGCAAGGUACAUAUGAACGGAGUUGAUGCAUUAGAAAUAGAUAAAUUGUUAAUGACAAAGUGUGGUUAUGUUGAACAAUACGAGUUAUUCAUUGGAACACUGACUGUCAAGGAACAUUUGAUAUUUCAGGCCAUGCUACGUAUGAAAUCGUCAUUAAGUGAUUCUGAUCGUCGUGCACGUGUUGAAGAAGUAUUGUGGGCAAUGGAUUUGGAGAAAUGUCAAAAUACAAUUAUUGGUGUACCAGGCAAAUUAAAAGGUAUCAGUGGUGGUGAAAUGAAACGUUUGACAUUUGCAAGUGUGAUAUUGAAUGAUCCCAAAUUAUUGAUUGUCGAUGAACCAACAUCUGGGCUUGAUUCACACUUGGCGAAAUCAGUCGUAAACAUUAUGAAAAAGUUGACAGACGAAGGAAAAACGAUGAUCACUGUUAUUCAUCAACCCACAUCAGAGAUUUACUCCGCACUCGAUAUGAUUAGCUUAUUAGUCAAUGGAAAACAAAUCUAUUUCGGUGAACGUGCUGGCGCAUUGGAUUUCUUUGCCUCAGUAGAACAUCCAUGUCCAUCCGAUUGUAAUCCCGCAGAAUAUUAUUUAACA